AUGGGCCGUAGUGAAGGCUCAUUUGCUUUCAAUUCCAGGCUAGAAGAUGGCUGUGGGGAGAAGGUGGUGAUGCCUGGCAGCAAAAGAGCAGUAGAGGUGGAUGAGGUGGAGGAUCUCUCCCAGUUGGAGGAGGUGUGUGAGAGCUCUGUGCUGCUGAAUCUGAAGAAGAGGUUCCACCGUGACUGUAUUUAUACUUACAUUGGAAAUAUGUUGCUCUCGAUUAACCCCUUCAAACCGCUGAACAUCUACUCAGAGGAGCUGAGACAGAAAUACCAGGGCACAGAGCAGCAUCGGAACCCACCCCAUGUGUAUGCCAUAGCCGACGCUGCUUUCAGUCAAUCUCAGGACACCACACAGGAGCAGUGCAUAAUCAUCAGUGGCCAGAGCGGAUCAGGGAAGACUGAGGCUACCAAGCUAAUAGUCCACUACCUCAGCUCUGUGUAUCAGGACAGAAACGACAAUCUGCGACAGGUACCUAUGGAAGUCUUUCCAAUCCUUGAGAGUUUUGGUAAUGCCAAGACCAUCCUCAACAAUAACUCCAGCCGCUUUGGCAAGUACCUCCACAUCCACAUCCUCCACGGGGUUGUUGUAGGGACCUCGUUGUCCAAAUACCUCCUUGAGAAGUCCAGGGUUGUCUUUCAGGCCAACGAGGAGAGGAAUUAUCACGUGUUUUAUGAGAUGCUGGCAGGUAUGAACGACUGGGACAAAGAGGAGCUCUAUCUGCAGGGAGCCGAGACCUAUUACUACCUAAACCAAGGAGGUGCCUGUGAACUAAAGUUGAAGCAGGACAAGCAGGACUUCCAGCUCCUAGUUCAGUGCUUUGAGACCAUUGGUCUGCAUGCCGACCAGAUAUCCACCGUCUGGGCCAUACUCUCCUCCAUCCUGCAGCUGGGCAACAUCUGCUUCAGCUCAUAUGAGAGCGAGUCGUUCGAGGUGGCGCGGAUCUUCAGCGAGGCCGAGGCCAGGAGGGUCGGCUCUUUGCUGCAGAUUUCCUCGGAGGCCCUGCAGACCGUCAUCACUCACAGAGUCACGGAGACAACCUACGACAGGAUCUACUGCCCUCUGUCUGUGGAAAGUGCCAUAGAAUACAGAGAUUCCAUUGCCAAAGCCUUGUAUUCAGUGCUGUUUGACUGGUUGUUGGAGCAGACCAAUGACUGGUUGAGCCCAACAGAGAUGGACAGCACUGUGGGCAUAGUUGACAUCUACGGCUUUGAGGACCUGGGAGUGAACAGCUUUGAGCAGCUGUGUAUCAACUUUGCCAACGAGCAGCUGCAGGACUUUGUCAACAAGGCAGUAAUCUCCCAGGAGCAGGAGGAGUACAGUGCAGAACAGAUCCAGUGGUAUCCGAUGCAACUCAAGAACUUCCACUCGUGCCUGGAGCUGCUCUCCUCCAGACCCCACGGCAUCCUCCGCAUACUGGACGAUCAGACUUCCCUCCCCCAGGCCACUGACCACACCUUCCUCCAGAAGUGCCACUACCACCAUUGUAACAGCCCCUACUAUGCCAAGCCCAAGAACCCACUGCCAGUCUUCACCGUCUACCACUAUGCCGGGGCUGUCACUUAUCAGGUUCAUAAUUUCCUGAAUAAGAACCACGACCAGUUCCGGACAGAAGUGGUGGAGCUUUUUGCCAGGAGUCGCUUGAAGGUGAACCGACUGACACACUACCCGUACUGGCUGCUGAGGCUGUGGAUGGUGUCGCAGCUCUUCCGGAAGGUUCAAGACGCUUACAUUCAGCAGAGAGAGCUUGGCUGGAGAGGAAAGGGCCUCCGCCAGCAGCCCUCCACCGCCGCCUCCCACUUCCUCCAGUCCCUGACUGAACUCACCACCCGCCUGGAGAGAUGCAAAACCACUUUCAUUCGCUGUCUGAAGCCAAACUACGUCAAGCAUCCAGGCACCUUUGACGUGGACUACGUGUCGGCCCAGCUGAGGCAUGCUGGGAUGCUGGAGACCAUUCACAUUAGGAAAGAGGGUUUCCCCAUACGGAUGCAGUAUUCCGACUUCAUUGAAAGAUACGGGGUGCUCCUCAGCCAGAGAAUGAGCCAGGAGUCGGACAGAGAGCAGUCAGUGGCUCUGCUGGCCAUGGUCGACGCAGGGGAGGGACAGUAUCAGAUGGGUCUGACCAAGCUGUUCCUCAAGGAGCUUCUCUACCAGCUGCUAGAGGAGAGGUGGAGCAGCACCCAGACCUGGGCGGCCAUCACCAUCCAGAGGAACAUCAGAGGCUUCAUCUGCAGGAGGAACUUCAGGUUCUUCAAACAGAAAGCCAUCGUCAUCCAGAGCCACAUACGAGGACACCAGGCCAGGAAGCACUACAAGCGUCUGAGGCAGUCCUUCAACCAGUUCUGGGCUGUGAUGAUGAUCACCAGGGAUACCAUCAAGAGGCGUCAUUGGAGGAAGCAUGAGCUGCGUUGA